CGGAGGGGGAUUCAGCCCAGUCGCCCAGUGCCCUGCUCUGUGUCAGGGAUUGCAGAGGCCGGUUGUUUGUUGUCAUCAAGAUGGAGUUUCUGUUGGGGAACCCGUACAGCACCCCGGUGGGGCAGUGCAUCGAAAAGGCCACAGACGGCUCCCUGCAGAGCGAGGACUGGACCCUGAACAUGGAGAUCUGUGACAUCAUUAACGAGACGGAGGAAGGCCCAAAAGACGCCAUCCGAGCCUUGAAGAAGAGGCUAAACGGGAACAGGAAUUACAGGGAGGUGAUGCUCGCGCUGACCGUUUUGGAGACUUGCGUGAAAAACUGCGGCCAUCGCUUCCACGUUCUGGUGACUCACCGCGACUUCAUCGACGGGGUUCUGGUCAAGAUCAUUUCCCCCAAAAACAACCCCCCGACCAUCGUUCAGGACAAAGUGCUGGCGCUGAUCCAGGCCUGGGCCGACGCGUUUCGGAGCAGCCCCGACCUCACCGGCGUGGUGCAUAUUUACGAGGAGCUGAAGAGGAAAGGGACUGAGUUUCCUAUGGCGGAUCUGGAUGCCCUGUCGCCCAUACACACCCCGCAGAGGAGCGUGCCCGAGGUGGAUCCCGCGACCAACAUGCACUCAUCUCAGACCCAGCAGAGGGUGAACUCCAGCUCCGUGUCCACUCCGUCCUCCACUCCAUCUCCCUACAGCACCCCAGCAGGGCCAGUGCCCGUCGUAGGAGGGCCGAUUACUGCCAACUCCGAGCAGAUUGGCCGCCUCCGCAGCGAGCUCGAUGUCGUGCGCGGCAACAUGAAGGUGAUGUCCGAGAUGCUGACGGAAUUGACUCCGGGACAAGAGGACGCGUCUGACCUCGAGCUUCUGCAGGACCUAAACCGAACCUGCAGGGCGAUGCAGCAGAGGAUCAUGGAGCUCAUCGCACGCGUGUCAAACGAGGAGGUCACGGAGGAGCUUCUACACGUGAACGACGAUUUAAAUAACGUCUUCCUUCGAUACGAAAGGUUUGAAAGAUACAGAUCCGGGCGCAUGGCACCCAAUACCAACGGGGUAAUGAACGAGGUGACCGAGGAUAACCUGAUAGACCUUGGACCCGGAUCGCCUGCCGUUGUUAGCCCCAUGGUGGGAGUCACGGCUCCUUCUACCCUAUCCUCCCAGCUUGGCGGACUAGACGUGGGUUCCAGUAGCGUCAGUUCCGCCCUCGGCACCCUGCCGCCCGCCGGCCCGCGGGACGAGUUUGACAUGUUCGCACACACGAGAACCAACACGCUGGCCGAUCAGCGGAAAAACGUAAAGUACGAGGACCCGCAGGCUCUCGGAGGUCUGGCAUCGGCUCUUGACGUCCGGCAACAAAACACAGGAGGGGUAAGUGAAGGGGGCAUCGGUUUCCUUCAAAGGGCAGAAAAGAGAGUUAAAGGUGGCGACUCUGUCAUGGAGCCCAUAGACACGUGGCUUAUCACCCAAGGAAUGAUCCCGGUUGCGCAGCCCUCUGAUAUGGAUGACGUAGAGGAAUGGCUCGGUACCGACCUGAAAGGAGAGGACCUGGACGAAGGCGUGACCAGCCAGGAAUUCGACAAAUUCUUAGAAGAACGUGCCAAAGCUGUGGAGAGGAUGCCGGACCUGCCGUCUCCCCCCGCCUCGGAGCCCGGCGCGACGACGGCAAACCCUGCCAUCCGCAAGAAGCAGGAACACGCCGAGGACACGCUCUUCGCGCUGUAAAUAAUCACGCUAUGCACAUCCGUGUACAGGCCCCAUCACAUCGCCCCCGCAGCAGCGAGCAGGCCUUACGCUAACAGCCGCGUCC